UAGUACUUAACCACUUAAAUUCGUUCGCGCAUAGUUCUAUUUGGCAAGUGCAGAAAUGCAACGUUAUGCCAUUUCUUUCCUAGCUUUGCUGAUGCACAGUCACAGUUCUACGAGUAUGAAUACCUUCGACGCUGGACUCUGGAUCUUCGGAGCACUUAUUGGUGCAGCCCUUGGCCUGCAGCUAAACUGCAGUACAUUGCGAAUGGACGUCUGCGAACUGAACAACGUAAUUAUCACCGAAUACACAGAUGUGUCAACAUGGGAAUUUCCCGAUCAUCAUGAUCUUGUCUUCGGUAUCUAUCCUAUGUCGGACGAAAGUACCAUGAUCACCGCCGUCACCAAAGAGGUUGCGGAAAAACUAACAAACGCUCAAACGAUCGCAAUGCAAAACGUUUCCUUGAUGUCCUUCUACCUUUGGGAACACCUGCUGAGCUUGGACGUUUCGUACAACUAUCUGCCUGAAUUGAUUGUAAAUCCCGAUUCGACGUACCACUUAAAAUCACUGAAUUUGAGCCACAACAGACUUCAGUCGAUCAACUUUCUCAAAGGCCUUUACAAACUGCGUGAUCUUGACUUGAGCAACAAUUAUCUGGAGAAGGUUGACCUUUCCAGUUUCGAUGUGGCAAAGGAUCUCGUUACCUUAAAGCUAUCGCAUAAUCGCAUCCGUACCAUCACAACCUUCACUGAUCUGCUUCAUCUACCCCGUUUGACAACCUUGAUGCUUAACAACAAUCAGUUAUCGAUCCUGGAUGCGAGCCAGUGGCAGUUCAACGUUCUGCAAGAAAUGUUUCUCUCCAACAAUCGCUUGUCCUACAUCAGCAUGUGCGAAAUACAGAACUCCUUUCCUCGGUUGCAGUCACUGUACCUGGACGGAAAUAACUGGGAAUGUUCGAAUCUCAAUAAUACCAUCUCCCAGCUGCACCAGUAUGACGUUAAACUGAUUAACUACAGUGCGCACAACUGCACAGAAGCCGUCGAGAACAUUUGCUGUCACUAAUCUGCCGAAAUCACCUCUGGAGGCCACCAUGGUUCGUGCCAGUCAAUUUCGACAAGCUUACUCAAUCCUCCUUAUAGGGGGAACAAACUGGAUCCAGCCCCGACCGACCCAACCAAUGUAGCCAAUUAUUAUUUGUUAUACCGAUAUUUAUCCGAGCUUAAUAAAGUGAAGUUUGUUUUAUACA